UUGUACAGUUGGAUUGAGCUUGUCAUGUGUUCGGCGGGCUAGAACGAUUGACAAGUUGAUCCUCGGUAAAAAUUAAUUUUACGGCCCCCUCCAGUCUCCGCGAAACUGAGGAAAACACCGCGGUUCGUGCCCGUCACACACGCACGCAACCGGAGUGAGAGGAUCCUGUUUUUAAUUUCUUGAGUAAAUACAGUCACGACGAAGUGGCUCGGGUGUUCGGCGGGAGACGCCGAAGUGGCUCGCUAAAACGUGCCUCGUCCGUUAGUUCGUUCUCCCUCUUCGUUGAGUUCACAACGUCUUUGUAGCCAGGGAAUUCAGUAUUUUCGCUGGUUUAUUACAUUCACGCGAUUAAAACACUGGAUAAAUGCCCAAAAAAAUCGAAAUAACCUUCGGCUGCUUUUCGUUCGAUUAAUCGAUUUUGCAAAAAUUCUGAGUGCUCUGGAAUUUUUGGAGUUCAGGGAAGAUUUUUCUGGUGUAUUGGUUCCUAUUGAGUAAUUAGGCAGCAGGCAUGGCGGAGGCACACUCAGCCGUUGCUUUCAGCUUCUCCAUAACUCACGAGGGCUGGGAUGUGAAUUUUGACCGUGAGGUUCUUCACCUCGUUUGGCAGUCCGGCUUGAGAUCGUGGAAAAAACGUUUUUUCAGAUUUCACAAUAAUUUGCGGACUGGUGUAUAUCCAGCGUCCUUGGGCAGCCUGUGGUUGACAAUAGCAGUGGUAACCGCUAUUCAUUUCGCAGGUUUUAAAGUGCCGUUCGACCUUGUUGGAAAGGUCGCACCAUAUCUCGAAGGGUCAUCGAUACCAGUUCAUCUGGGUGGAUCAAUAGUCGCGGGGUUUUUACUAUGGAUCACAGCGAUCUACACCCUUCGAUACACCCUGAAACUCCUGCUCAUGUACAAGGGCUGGAUGUACGAGUCGAGGGGGCCUGGGCAGAAGAUCAGCCUGUCCACUCGUGCCUGGGUUAUCGCUGUUAAGCUUCUGUCAGGAUGGCAAAAACCAAUGUUGUACAGUUUCCAAGGCUCACUGCCAAGAUUACCAUUGCCAUCGGUAAAGGACACAAUGCAAAGGUAUUUGAGAAGUGCUAGACCACUUCUUGACGACGAAAACUACAGAAGAAUGGAGAAACUCGCCAAAGAGUUUGAGGAGGGAAUAGCUGUUAAACUCCAGCGUUAUCUCAUUCUAAAAUCCUGGUGGUCAACGAAUUACGUUUCUGAUUGGUGGGAGGAGUACGUCUAUCUCCGUGGAAGAUCGCCAAUAAUGGUCAACUCAAAUUUUUUCGGUAUCGAUGCUGUUAUGGCAGAGCCUGUAAGAACUCAAGCAUCAAGAGCUGCAAGUGUUAUCUAUGGUUGUCUUCAGUAUCGCAGGUCCAUCGAGAGGCAGGAGUUGGAGCCCAUCAUGCUCCAGGGAAUUGUGCCCCUCUGCUCGUGGCAGUACGAGAGAGUGUUCAAUACGACUAGGGUGCCCGGAAUCGAAACAGACAGGAUUGUUCAUUACAACGAUUCAAAGCACAUCAUCGUUUAUCACAAGGGAUGCUACUACAAGGUUCUCAUUUAUUACAAGAACAGGAUUUUGAAUCCUAGUGAGAUUGAGCAUCAGAUACAGUAUAUCCUUGAUCAUAAUGCGGAGCCACAGAAGGGGGAGGAGAAACUUGCGGCUCUCACUGCUAUUGACAGAACGUCGUGGGCUCAAGCCAGGCAGACACAUUUUGUCAAGGGAACCAAUAAAAUUUCACUGGAUCUCAUCGAAAAAUCUGCCUUCUUCGUCACUCUCGAUGAUUAUCCUUAUGAAUACGAUCCGGCACAUCCUGAGAAAUUAGAUAAAUACGGUCGAGACCUUCUCCACGGGAAAGGCUACGACAGAUGGUUCGACAAGUCCUUUACCCUCUGCAUCGGCAGCAAUGGCAGAAUAGGCUUCAACGCCGAGCACUCCUGGGCGGAUGCAGCCGUGAUGUCACACUUUUGGGAAUUCAUCCUGUAUUGGGAUGUUGCGCUGAACAAUGUAUAUUCUGAGGACGGUCAUACCAUUGGACCUCUGGAGUUCAAACUGGUACCAUCUCGUCUGCAGUGGGAGUUCAGCAGUGAGGGCAUCGAAGUAGUAGAAGACGCAGUGCAAGCAGCUAAUAAUUUAUUGAACGACGUAGAUCUGCGUAUUUAUCAACACGAUCAUUAUGGCAAGGGCUUCAUGAAGAAGUGCUCAAUGUCACCGGAUGCCUACAUUCAAAUGGCACUGCAGCUCGCUUAUUACAGAGAUGCAGGGAGAUUCUCACUUACUUAUGAGGCAUCGAUGACGAGAUUGUACAGGGAGGGAAGGACUGAGACUGUUCGUCCCUGCACCAUUGAGUCGGCUAAUUGGGUGAAAGCCAUGGAGGACAAGUCGAAGAGUGUUGAGGAGAGGUACAAGCUCCUCAGGCUUGCGACUGAUCAGCAUCAGCGUGGCUAUCAGGACGCCAUGAUUGGGAAGGGAAUCGACAGACAUCUGUUCUGUCUUUAUGUGGUGUCCAAAUAUCUGGAGGUCGACUCUCCAUUCCUCAAGGAGGUUCUCAGUGAACCCUGGAAGCUGUCCACAUCGCAGACCCCUCAUGGGCAGACGUCCAAAAUAGACUUGAAGAAACAUCCCAAUUGCUUGUCCGCUGGGGGAGGAUUUGGCCCUGUUGCUGACGAUGGAUAUGGAGUUUCUUAUAUCAUUGCUGGAGAAAAUCUCGUUUUCUUCCAUAUUUCUAGUAAAACUAGUUCACCUGAAACUGAUUCAGCAAGAUUCGCAAGAGGAAUAGAAAAAGCCCUCGCAGACAUGAAAGACCUCAUGGUGACCUACAAGAGUACCGAGCGCCAGAAAAAUGGCUCCAAAUGAUCAUGUUGAGCUAAAACUCGUAUCAAGAAUUGCCUUUAGUUCUCGAGCGUUUAUUAGGCUCUCGGUACAAUGUCAAUGCGUCAUUAGGCAACACAAAGAGUUGCAAUAGUCAGUGGACCUGAUAAAUUUUCUUAUCAUCCAUUGGCACUCAGAUAGGUAAUGUUGCAGUGACUGUAUUCACACAAAAAGUGGGCUAACGAUGGCAGCUCUUGCCGGACAAUCAAGCCAUUAGUUUCUCCUUUUGUUUUGUUUAGAAAAAAAUUCUAAGAUAUCGAGAAAUCAACUGAACUGUUGUGAGCAACCUAUCAAUGCAAAAUAUUUUAAUUAUUGUAAUUGUAUAUGCGUAUUUUAUAAGUGAAAAGUGGAAAAUUGGAUUUUGAUAAUUUUUUGAGACUCAUUUGAAAACUGUGAAUGCAAUUGGAAUAUGAAAUUUCGUACUUCGAAGUCGUACUUUGGUGCUUAUGAAAUUUUUACAAAUUAGCAGGGAAAAUAAUUGAGGUAAAUUUGGAGAAUUGGGUGUGAGUUUGAUACAAACUUGUCUUCGAUUUUCACUUUUACUUGUUAUGAUUUAUUAAAAUACUAUUUUAGAGAGAUAAAUAAUUGAAUAAUAAUUUUUUACACAUC